GAGACCGAGCAGGAGAGAAGAGAGAGAGAAUCUGUGACUGAGGUACUUGGAUGCUGCGCAAAACAAAGGAAGGAAACUGGAGGACGUAGGGGAAAGACAGAAAAGGAGGAAGAUAUCCCAGUUGAAGAGCUACACUACGCUUGCUCUGAAACCUCUGGAGAGUUAUGGCCUUACGCUGCACAGUGUCACUGCAGUCACAGACAAAGGAUGCUCUGUGUCUCUUGAUAUGUCUCCAGGAACUUCCUCAGCA